GAAGAGGUUGUGGGUUGAGUGAGGUGAAUUAUUGGAGUGGUGGGCCACUUGUGGGGGGAAAAAAAUCAAAAGGUGGGCCAGAAGUAAUUGAUUGGUCUUGGACCAUAAUUGGUGUGGUGGGCUAAUUUUCUGAAAAAUUACCAAGAUCUGAAAUUAAUUGAACCGGGUAUCUCGUCUGGUCGCUUGAGAUGGCAGAAGAUGGGAAGUUCCGAAUUGAGAAGUUCGAUAGUACAGAUUUCAGUUGGUGGAAGAUGAAAAUUGAAGAUUUGCUGGUUCAGAAAGAUUUGGAUGUGGUUUUAGGUGACAAGCCAGAAAAGAUGUCGGAUGCAGAUUGGGAUCAGAAAGCUAUGUCCGUGAUCCGCCUCUUGUUGACCAAGAAUGUUGCGUUCAACAUUCUGAAAGAGAAGACAGCAAAGGGAAUUAUGGAAGCAUUGUUUAACACGUACGAGAAGCCAUUUGUAGCGAACAGAGUUUUUCUGAUCAGAGAGCUGGUGAACACAAGGAUGAAAGAAGGCACUUCAGUUACCAAACAUAUCAAUAUAAUGAAUUCGAUCUUAACCAGACUUGCGUCAGUGAAGAUUAAGUUCGAUGAUGAAGUUCAAGCUUUGCUACUGCUAUCGUCUUUGCCUGAUAGUUGGAAUCAAUGCCCGAAUGAUAAGAAAGUGAACAUUACUGAAGGCUCCGCGAGUGAUGAAGAGGUCCUUCUGACUUGUUUUGCGGAGAGCAGUGUGGAUUCCUGGGUCAUGGAUUCUGGUGCUUCAUCUCAUGCUAUCCACAGUGGUGAAACAUUGCAGAAUCUGGUUAUUGGAGACUUUGGAAAGGUACGACUUGCAUACGAUAGAGCUCUUGAGUUGAACGAACAUAGACACGAGGUGAAGUUCAGAGAUGGGCAGUGGAAGGUCGCAAAGGGAAAUCUUGUCAUGGCCCGCGGAAGGAAGAGUGGCUCGUUGUAUAUGGUCGAGUUACCAUCUGAGGGAGUGACCGUCUCAGUUCAGAGGAGAAACAAAGUCCGGUUCACAAAGUCUCGUGGGCAGAAUAAGGUUUUCUAUGCAAGAGAGAAACCUAGAGCCACAGGUCAGACUCAUGAUGAACGAGCGAGGAAAGGUUCAAGGAGGCCAGUCAGAGGUAUUUAUGGCAGUGGGAGCUCAAGAUGCGCUUCAGCCAAGUUGCCUAGAAGAGAGUGGGUCAGGAGAAUCAAUAUUCCAGCUGUUAGAACAUCUCUAGAAAAUUUCUUGCUAAGUACGGAGAGUGUUUGUUCUCAGGAUGUUCCAAGAUCUGGUAGUGUGCAUCUGCAGGUCGCUGCAACAGGAGAGCUGAGGAAGAUUACUCGAUAUACAUGCAAUCGUGGUGGAUGGCAGUUGAUGACUAUCAAGCCUCCAAGUGGGAGAAUGUGGGGUUUGUGGAGGCUUGGGCUUGACUUGUAGGCCCGACCCAUGUUUUGUAACCCUAGGUAUUUCUCCUAUAUAUUAGCCCUUGUACUUGUAAUUUCGUGAGACAUGACAAGCGAAAUAGAAAUCCUCCUAUUGCAGCCGUGGAUUAGGGAAACUGAACCACGUUAAAUUAUUGUGUCAUCCGUGUUCCAUUUCUCUCGUUUCUCGCAGAUUAUUUGUGUGUGUUGUGUGUUUUAAUUCCCAACACCUUCAUCAUGUUUGUUUUGAAAUUUUGUAACUCCUAAGAAAUCAAACUCGGAAAAAUUAGGGGGCCACGAACCAAAUUCUGUAUUGUGCAAGAGAUUUCAAUGUCAAAUGCGUGUAAGUCAAAAUCAUAAUUUGACUUACAUUCAAUAUGAAGAAAUGACUGAAGAUUCU